CAAUCCUGGUUUAGUGCUGGUUCAGUCCUGGUUUAGCUCUGGUUCAGUCCUGGUUUAGUCCUGUUUUAGUCCUGAGUUCAGUCAGUCUGGGUUCAAAACACAACAUUUAGUAUCAUAAGAUUACAAAUUUAAAUCUUAACUAUUUAAUUUUAUCCCUUGCUCUUUCGUCUUCCUAUUUCGCUCGUUCGCACGUUCGUAUGCGGCGCAAAAAUCCAGCAUCUUCGCUCGCUGAUACUGUGAACAGCUACAUUACCAUGGAAACCCUGUACCAAGAUGGCGGCGGUAUUAACGCAUGCCAAGAGGCUGAACGCGAGAUCUACCGUUCUAUAUAUCUAUGAGCCCCAGGUAGCUGUUUACAACAUUCACAACAGGAUGGAUACUGCUCAAGCAUUAAUCUGCGUUUUCUAACUCUAUAAAGAAGAAUAUUUAAUCUAACAUGUGAUGACUUUAACCACCGUGAAGUAGAAUCGCCUGUAAACAGCGACCACCUGAAGAUUUUUUCCACAAAACUAAAUAGUCAAGGGAAAGCUGCCAAUGCUCCUCAUAACUAACUAACAUCAAGAGAGGAUAUGGGUAUGACACUAAGAGAGUUAAAAGUUUGUCUGCUGGGGGAAACUGGGGUUGGAAAAUCAAGUAUUGUUUGGCGAUUCGUUGAGGACAGCUUCGAUCCAAAUAUCAACCCUACAAUCGGGGCAUCCUUUAUGACGAAGACAGUGCAAUACCAGAAUGAGCUGCAUAAGUUUCUGAUCUGGGACACAGCAGGGCAGGAGCGGUUCCGAGCUCUGGCGCCGAUGUACUACAGAGGGUCGGCAGCAGCCAUCAUCGUGUAUGAUAUCACAAAAGAGGAGUCAUUUCAAACGUUGAAGAACUGGGUGAAGGAACUACGGCAACAUGGGCCUCCAAAUAUUGUGGUCGCAAUCGCCGGUAACAAAUGUGACCUCAAUGAUGCCAGAGAAGUACCAGAGAAAGAUGCGAAGGAUUAUGCAGACUCCAUCCACGCCGUCUUCGUGGAAACCAGUGCCAAAAACGCCAUUAACAUCAAUGAGGUGUUUAUAGAGAUAAGUAAGCGUAUCCCUGCUGUAGACGCCGCUGGAGGGAGCCCAGGAAAGAGUUUUAAAAUCGGACGGCAGGCCUCAGAGUCCCAGAGGACGUGCUGCUGAUGGGGCCAGAUAUGAACCAUGUGACCUGACGUGACCUUUCACCCCAAAACGCCACAUACCAGCGGCCUGCGUAAAACUCAGUGCAAACAUUACAAAUCACACAACCUUAGUUACAGCAUUAAUCACCAAUUACAGAUUUGAGCUGCUUGUAAAUGUGUACAGGUGUAAGAUAUGUCACCUAAAUAUUUUGAUAUUACUUAAGUUAAGAUUAUGCAACUUGUAUUUUCCAAUGUAAUGAAUUUUCUACACUCAGCAUGUUGGUGUAAAGACAUGUCCACUAUUACUCUAAUCAAACAUACAUAGUUGUCUUGCUAUAAUUACUGCGGUAUUAGCUGUUGGAUAUUAUUAUACGACCUCUAGCAAGGGCAAGUAACACUGCAUAGUCUACUAGCUUUCAAGUACGCCCCUUGGGAAAAGUCAACAAGGCUCCCAACACCUGGCUUUACAAGUUCAACAAGAUUAAUGUUUUCACACUAGGCAAAUAAAACUGAAUUUGUAGAGAUUUUCUUACUUUACACAUCAUAUAUUGUCUUUCCAAGUCUCGUCUUAAAGGUGCACUGUGUAGCUUUUCUGGUGGAGAGUCCGCUGUCUGCUUGUUGUCUUCGUGGAGAUGUUAUUGCGUUAACUGGAAUGAUCUACAGUAUGGCAUCAAACUUAUAUUAAUUUAUCUAAAGCCAUAAAAACAAGUUAAUGGCACCAGGUCAUGUUACAGGUCAGAUCUGUGGAGUAAUAAAUUUGCUCACAGUAAGAAGAAUGCAAUGUACUUAGCUAUUUAAACUCAUCUAAAUGAAUAAAUGCAGAACAGGUAAGUUUCAUGUCACACUGUGUAAACUUAGUGUGUAACAAAGCAAUUACAUCUCCAUGGAGAUGGGCAUUGUGCGCACCCCAUACUCCAAAGUUGCACAGUACACCUUUUAACUAAACAAAAAAUAGUUCUGAAUUUAAAAACAGGACUUAAAAUUUAAAAACAGAAUUUAAAAAUAUGCCUAAAAGUGAAACAUACUCUAAUUUUGGUUUUGUAUGGGUCUAGUCCAGGUUUAGUGCCAUGUGUGCCCUAAAAGCACUGACUGAAUGUAGCUUUUUAAAGAGGGGGUAUUAUGCAAAAUUGACUUAUUUUUUAGCUUUCCUCCAAGUUAUAAUAUUGUUCUCUCAUCAGAAACAUGCCUGAAGAGGUUAUAGAUUUUCAUUCAUGCAUGUUUGAGUAAUUUAGCGAUCUUUCCCUGGCCCUAUUUGAGCCCUUCUUAAGGUUAACACCACAGUCCUAUCCAAAGCUCAGCCCACAAGCUUAGCACUCCGUAAAAUAUACAAAAGCAUGUUGCAAAACAAUACACUACAACUUCACAAACCUGGUGCGAUGUGCAAUAGUUUUCUUAACGAAAUGCACAUUGAUUUUUGUAACGUGGUAGUGUUCUGAAGGUGAACAAAGGGAGUGGGGACUCGAAACGGAAACUUAUAAAACAUGUUAAUACGUCAUUUUUGGCAACUAUCGCAUUUUUAAAAUGAAAAAAGUAACAUGGUGAUCUAAAUAUGUUACGUGUUAGCAGUUAAUACCCCAGAGAAGUAAAAUACCCCCUCUUUAACUGUCAACAGAAGGAGCCCUAGUUACUGCAUGUGCAUUGUCAAUAAAUAGUGGGUUUGGUACAAGAUACUGCUCUCUAGAUUAACAUUUCCCCAUUUAAUUCUCCAUAUACUUCCCUAUGUGUUUUUCUUUCACUUUUCCUUCACAUGAACCUAAGAAUCCUAACUUUUGUGAGUAUGGAAAAAUAUGCUACAGUCUUUAAAUUACAUCAUGCAGUUUAACACUCAUAAAAGACUUGAUGGGUGAUGUAGUUUCCCACUUUUUAAUUCUCGCCCACAGUUAUAUUUUACAAGCACUACUAGCACCACAAUACUUAGGUCGUUGAAAACACUUUAUCCAACAGCACGUCUCAAUUUCAUAUGUCAUUUUGUAUUUACACACUUGAAAUUUUAAGUUAUGUAAUAAGUGAUAGAUUCUUUUCAAAUACUGGACUAUACAAAUUAAGUUGCAUCAAAUUUCAAGGAUUUUUUAAAUUUUAUUUUAUUUUACAAUACAAAACUUUAAAGGUGCAUUGUGUAGCUUUUCUGUUGGAGGGUCCCUCAAAUGUUUUUCCUGUCCCAUGGAGAUGUUAUUGCUUUGUCUGGAAUGUUUCACAGUAUGGCAUUUAACUUUUCUAUCACCAUGGAGACCAAACCAGACCAAGUUACAGGUCAGAUCUGUGGAGAGGCCACCCUGAUCACAGUCAGUCAGACUGUUUUCUAGGUAUUUUUCAGUUAUAAAGCUGCACAUAUCGUAUGUUUCGGACUAGAAGUCGCACAAGCCCAAAAAUGCGUAAUGAAGAAGAAGAAAAACAUAUAUAAGUAGCACCGGACUAUAAGUCGCACUUUUGGGGGAAAUUUAUUUUAUAAAAUCAGAGACCAGGAACCAACAUUUCAUCUUGAAAGGCAAGUUAUAGUAAUAACAAUAGAACAGAGAACAAAAGGCUGUUAACGUCACACAUGAACAGUUAUUCAGAUAACUAUAGCAUAAACAACAGAACAGAACAAGUUUACCAAACUCUUGAUCUCACUCCAAAUCACUAAAUCCAUUGACUUUUUCAUCCUCGGUGUCACUUCUGAGCAACUCCACAACCUCCGGAGGUAAACGGAGUGCUGCUUCUUCUACUGCGUAGCUGUCAUGAGACUCAGCAUCAUUUCCAGUUAGAAUUAUUCCGGCCUUUCUGAAUCCCGACAGGAUGGUUUCAGUUGUCACUGAAGUCCAAGCUUUGUCGAUCCAUCCAAUCAUUUCCAGGAAAGUUGCAUGGCGCACCCUCCCAGUUGUCACAAGUUUCUCACUCACUUCAGACUUUCUUCCUGCUGCUCGAUUACCAUUUUCAACUGCAUAUUUCACCACUUGCAGCAGGACAGCAGCUCUUUCUGCAGGAAACAUGCUCGACAUGAGUCCGAUUUAUAGUCCAAAAAAUACGGUAAUUGAAUAAAUGUGAAGUAUAGCUGUUUAAAGACAUACUGUGGAACAUUACAAUGACAUAUUCAUAGAAACAAGCAGGUGACAGACCCCCAAUCACAAAGUUACAUAGUGCACCCAAUUACAAGUUGUUUUUUUUGUUUGUUUUUGUUUUUUCAGUUUUUUUUUUUGUUUUGUUUUGUUUGUUUUUUUUGGAAUGUUACAAAACUAUAACUGACUUAAAUGAACCAGGUUUCUGUGCUGUGUACACACAUUUGAACAGCUAGCAUUUUUGAUUCCUUAUUGCCUAUUAAAUUGUUCAGUUGCCAAAGUUGCCAAGUGCAAACUCAGUGUUGGUUUUUCCUUGUUACUAUCAUUUCCAGCUUAACAAAUUCAACUUCCCCAUAUAAAUCAGCAGAAAAGUCAGUUGUGCAUAAAAACUAUUGUCUUGGGCUGGCCCUAGGAACUUGAUUUAAUCUAUAACAUUAUUGUUACUAUGAUGUAUAUGUCUGUGUAGAUACCAUUUGCACAUGAGUCACUAUUACAAUGCGUUUCUGACCACAGUAGCCUUUUGCUGAGUUUUUGCUGUAACUGUCUUAAGCACUAGUUAACCCUUUCUUAGCUUUUUAUUGUUAUUAUUCAUUUCGUAUGUAACAAGUGCUUGAAAACACAUGUGCAAUGUAAUCCCACUGUGUCAAAAGGGACUUGUCAAUUUGUUUAAUAAUAAAAGAUUGACAAAAUAUGA